AGGGUCCCUACUCCUCUCAGUGGCAGGCAGCUAUGGAUGCAGAGAUGGCUUCCUGGAAGUCCACAGGCACCUACGUUGACGCGGUUCCCCCUCCUGGGGCGAACAUCGUCAGUGGCAUGUGGAUCUUCAGGGUGAAGCGGCCGCCGGGCUCUCCACCUGUCUUCAAGGCACGGUACGUUGCUCGUGGCUUCAGUCAGCGGCAGGGAGUUGACUACUUUCAGACCUUCUCUCCCACCCCGAAGAUGACUACUCUUCGGGUGCUGCUGCACAUAGCCGCUCAGCGCGACUACGAGCUUCACUCUCUCGACUUCAGCACUGCGUUCUUGCAGGUCUACGGUCUCCGCCAGGCACCGCGUGAGUGGCACGACACACUGAGGACUACGCUUGCGGCUCUUGGGUUUGCUCCUUCUACUGCUGACCCGUCGCUGUUUCUUCGCACCGACACUUCCCUGCCGCCGUUCUACAUCCUCGUGUACGUCGACGACCUGGUCUUUGCCACAGCGGACACUGCUGGACUCGCCUACGUGAAGUCCGAGCUGUUGAAGAGACACACGUGCACAGACCUGGGUGAACUGCGCAGCUACCUUGGCUUGCAGAUCACUCGGGACAGAGCACGCCGCACCAUUACCUUGACUCAGUCACACAUGGUGCAGCAGGUCCUUCAGCGCUUCGGCUUCACGUACUCCUCGCCUCAGGCCACUCCUCUGCCUACUCGCCACUCACUCUCAGCUCUGCCUUCGGAUGAGUCCGUAGAGUCGAGUGGUCCGUAUGCGGAGCUUGUUGGCUGCCUCAUGUACCUGAUGACCUGCACACGACCUGACCUUGCAUACCCUCUGAGCAUUCUUGCACGCUAUGUUGCUCCUGGGAGACACAGACCGGAGCACAUGGCUGCAGCGAAGAGGGUAUUGCGCUACCUGUGCAGUACGUCAGGCAUGGGGCUAGUGCUUGGAGGGCGGGGUCCAGUGGUCCUUACCGGCCACGCGGACGCGUCUUGGGCUGACGACCAGGCUACGCAGCGGUCGUCACAGGGUUACACCUUCAGCCUUGGGGCCAUGGCUGCACAGGAGCUUCGGUGGCUCACCUACCUGCUGACUGACCUUGGAGAGCCGCCUCGUUCUCCUCCAGUGCUGUACGUAGACAACAAGGCUAUGCUGGCCUUGUGUCGAGAGCAGCGCUUGGAGCACAGAACGAAGCACAUUGCUCUCCGCUACUUCCUUGCUCGUGAGCUGCAGCAGCGUGGUCAGUUGCGACUUGCGUACGUGGCCUCUGAGGCCAACACUGCUGAUGUGUUCACCAAGGCACUUGCGCCUUGUGACCAUCAGCGCUUCUGCACCCAGCUGGGUCUUGUGCCUGUCUUGCCUCACUUGCUCUCCUCUUGA